ACAUCCAUGAUAUAUCAACAGGACUGUAGGCUAGUAUACAGGUGGUGUAAUUGAACUAGAACAAAUGUGUAACAAUAAACAUCAUAAUGGAGCAUAAAGAAUGUUCAGGUGAUGGUGCGUGUGACAAAAAGAAAAAUAACUCCAAAAAUGAUACCAAGCAAAUGGAUGUCCCAGAAACCAAGAUUUCAACCGUUUGGAAUCAGAAGGAUGAAAGAAAGAAAAACAAAAAACUGAAUAAUUCUUGGGAAAAAGAUUCAUCAAACACUCUUCAGCCAGAUGGACAAAAGUUAUUAAAUGGAAAUAUUCACAAUGAUUUUGGUGAUAUGUCAAGAGCAACAGCAAGAAAUUCAUCUUUUAAAGACUUUCCAAAAAGGAUUUUAAUCAACAAAAUAAUCAAUUCAGGUUAUUUUUACACUGGUGAGGGAGACACGACAAUAUGUUACAAGUGUCGUGCUGUUGUUUAUGAUUGGAAUGAUAAAGAUAAUCCAGCAACAUUUCAUGAACCAGAUUGUGAGUUCCAUUCACAUAGGAUGGAAACUUCAGCAGAAAAACAAAUCUAUGAUGAUAAAGAUUCCAUUUCAUCAAUGGAAGGAACGUCUACCUUAUCUAUUCUUGAUGCCCCUAUCACUGAGCCCAGCAUCGUUGCACCACUUCCGCCAGUUGUAAUAAAACCUACUGUUGCAGCAACAAAUAACAUGUUCACUGGUCGGGAAUUUCCACAUAGCAUAUCACCACCUCACAUUCUUCGGCAAACUUCACUUCCUGAUCAUCAACAAUAUAGUUCUCUUCCAGUGUUUAAUACCACAUUUGAAAAUCAAGACAACACAAAGUCCAUUGAAACAAGAGUGACAAGUAUGCCUAUUCCCCAAAAGAAAUUUGUUAAAAAAACACAUAAAACUUAUUUAGCUCUGUCUGGAAUCAUAGAGGAUGAGCACGAAACUUUGUUGAGAAAUUUAAAUUUACGUUCAGAAGAAGAAAGAAGAAAAUCGUUUACGGUAAAAGGUUGUUGGAAACAAAAUACAAAUAAUGUAGUUCGUCCAUAUGCCCUUGCUAAAGAUGGAUUUUUCUAUCUCGGAAAUUUGGACAGAACUCAAUGUUUUUCUUGCAAUAAAAUUCUCAAAACAUGGCAUCGUGGUGAUUGUGUAAACCAAGUUCAUAGGACUUCGGUUCCAUUUUGCUUGAUGGCUAAAGGUGAAGACGAAACAAAUAUCCCAAUUCAACAAUUUCUAUCAAUGGAAGAAUCACUUUCAUCAAAUUCAAGCUUAGAUCCACUUUCUGGAGGUUUUACGAGAAUGCGAAAUGAAGAAAGUGGGAUGGAAACAUCUUUAGAAAUAUCAAAGUCAACAUUACCAUCAAGACCAGAGGAGUUUUUCAAUUAUCCGUUUCAAUUACAUGGACAUACACCUAUGCAAUCAAAAGAAACUCCAAUUUCGCAAAGUCCACUAGAUUUGACUGUUAAUAGGAAUUUUCCACAAGCAAUUGACCCAGUUUUAUAUAAUCCAGUGUCUAGUCAAGAAAAUAAUAUUUCUAUGGAAAUUGAGAAUAAUGAAGAUAUACCAUAUCCAAUACAACAAAUUACAGGUGAUGAAGAAUUGUCACCUCAAGAAAGCCCGCCAAUAGCACUGCAAACGACUUCAAAUCUUCCAGAAGUAAGUCAGUCAUGGCAUCUUGGACAAACAACAUUAUAUAACACAACAUCAAGUUUGCCCAGUGGUAAUGAAGCCGGUGAGGGGCCACACACAUCUGGAUCCGAAACACAUCCGCUAGAAACCCAUACAAAUUUACUACCGGGGUCAUCAACAACUGAGCAAAAUUGGUCUGAAGUAUUUCCAUGCAGUGAUCCUACGAAUCCAGAAAUGCGAUCCGCAGUUGCACGACAGGAUACAUUUGAUUUUCGAUGGACUCAGAGGGGAAUAGACAAUGUUGAUGAGUUGGCCAGAGCUGGAUUUUAUUAUGAUGGUGAUGAUACUAAUGUUAGAUGCUGGUAUUGUGGAGGCGGUGUUCGGCAUUGGAAUAAUACUGAUGAUCCAUGGGUGGAACAUGCCAGACUAUACCCAAAUUGUGAAUUUCUGCUGCAACAAAAAGGAUUUGAUUUUGUGUCCGAGGUGGCCAACAGACCACGAGCCAACGCACCACGAGCCAACACACCAGAAAUUCCAACAAUUCAAACUGCAAGAUAUGCUCAAUCAUCAUCUUCAGAGUCGCCACAAGAUUCUCCAUUUUCAUCGUUUGAAAGGCCAUUACCUGGGUCACCAUAUGCCCCAGUAUUUCUUGGAAACAGAUUUGGGCAAAAUGCUCCUCGAGUAGUUGACCCGAGAGAGGAGGAAGCAAAGCACAAGAGAAUGUUGGAACAAGCACUCAAUUCUCAAGCGAUGUUAACAGCGUUGGAUAUGGGAUUUGACCUGAGAACUAUUAAAAGAACAAUUAAACAGAAGAUACAAAACACCGAUAGUUCAUUUGAUUCAACGCAACAACUACUGGAUGCCUUGUUAACUGCUCCUGCUGGUGGAUCAAGUUCAUCAGAGAGUGAAGAUGAAGAACAAGCUCCUGUUGCAACCAGCACAAAUUCAGAGACUACUCCUACUACUCCGACACCAAUAACCACAGCCUCCAGCUCAAUCCCAUCCACGAGUGGAGCUCAAGGUGGUGAUCUACAGUUCCAAGACUCGUCAAAAGAAGGAGAUCCUAGAAAUUUGGAUGAGAAGUUACGAGAGUAUGAGCAAGAGAAAAGAUGUAAAGUUUGUUUGGACAGAACUGCUGAAGUCGUUUUUGUUCCAUGUGGGCAUUUGUGUACUUGUAUACCUUGUGCAAAUGCUCUUAGAAACUGUCCUUUAUGUAGGAAGAGAAUUGUUAAAUCAAUGAAAAUAUAUACUUCGUGAUCACUUCACAGCAGAAGAAUGGAAACAUUGGCAUAAGCUAUUUGGUGGAUGGAAAAUGGGAUCUUUGUGAUCUGCCAUAGUCUACUCUUCACUAUUGUGUAGUGGUGAGAUGAACAGACCAAUGGAAAAAUAUUACCAAACUUUCAUGUCAACGAAGUAACUACCAUGCCAUGAUGAAUAACUUAUAUUAUUUG